GAUAAUAAAAGCAGGCACGCGCAGAGUCGAGCGUGACUGUCAACUUUUGCUAUUUCCAAUCCCAGCAAGGCACGCAGCUCUGAAAAAACCACUAUAAACCUCUAUCUUCUCUUCAAUUCCCUCUCAAACCUCUUUUUAUUUUAUUUUUUAAUUUUCAAUCUAGGGUUUUAUUCUGGGUUUUGACUGAAACAUUUAGUCAUCAGAUCAAACGGUUGUGGCUUAUCGUCUAUAACAAAACACAAUGCCUCCUCGUGCAUCAAAGCGAAAAGCGACGGCCCCACAGAACUCCUCCUCCGUCACAUCAGCUGACGAUUCUCCUACUGCCUCAGAUAAAACCAAAACAAAGAAGACAGAUCGCGUAGAUAGCCUAUUUGAUUCAUAUGCGAAUAGCUCGUUAGGCAUAAUUGACCCAGAAGGAAUUGAGGCAUUGUGUUCAGAUAUGAACGUGGAACAUACUGAUGUUAGGAUCCUAAUGUUUGCAUGGAAACUGAAAGCUCAAAGGCAGGGUUAUUUUACACGGGAUGAGUGGCGAAGUGGCAUGAAAGCUCUCAAGGUUGAUUCUCUCAGCAAAUUAAAGAAAGGGCUGCCAGAGCUGGAAAAGGAGGUAAACACACCAGAAAAUUUUCAAGAUUUCUAUUCAUAUGCAUUUCGAUACUGCCUAACAGAAGAGAAGCAAAAAACUGUAGACAUUGAGAGUGUCUGUGAAUUGCUGAAUCUUGUGCUCGGAUCACAGUUCCAAUCCAAGGUUGAUUUAUUAAUAGAGUAUCUAAAGAUUCAGUCUGAUUAUAAGGCGAUAAACUUGGAUCAAUGGAUGGGUUUUCUUCGUUUCUGCAAGGAAAUUAGCUUUCCAGAUCUUGAAAACUACGAUGCAGACCUAGCUUGGCCCUUGAUCCUAGAUAAUUUUGUUGACUGGAUGAAAGAAAAGCUUAGCUAGUUUCAGCAUUUUUUCUGGCGUUUUAACAGUGAGGAAUUUGUUGAAAUCGUGAUUGUGAAGCACGUUUUUUAAUCCAUACCCUCACCCUGAACUCUCAAAAUAUUUUCAUUAUAUGCUGUAAUUUUUCCUUUGCCAUGUUUUUUUUUUUUUUCCUGCUCCAUUAACUUAUAAAUUUCCUGAGCCGUCUGCUGAAAACAAAAAA